AUGUCUGGAUACUCGUAUGAAAUCGCGCAUUGGUCCGCGUCUGAGGCUGUCAAGAAGGACUUUGGUCUCACGAAGGAUGUCGUGAAGACUAUGAAGGAGAAGACGUCUCUUCCUGUAUUCGGAGGAAUUAGCGUCGAGACGUCCGAGCUGUUCUUCAUGCUCACUUGGGACAAAACCGAGACGCACAAAGCCUUCAUCGACUCGCCCGAUUACGUCCCCUUCAAAGCGCUCUUCCCGCCCCUCAUGCCCGACGGCGGCGCGACGGUCGAGAUGACGCACACCCACUUCGACCGCGACCCGCUCCCCAUCUGGAACGCCAAAGUGACCGAGCACGCGUGGUUGACGCCCAAGGAGGACUCGAGGGAUGCGUUGAUCGAGACACUGAAGGGUAUGGCGGCUGAGUUGGAGAAGUUACCGGAGUACUCUGUUGGUGCGGCUGUGGGCACUAUUGAGGAGAAGCCGGGCCAGAUAUUGGCUAUUCUUGGGUGGCAUAGUGUUGAGGAUCAUAAGAAGGCUGAUACGCUGUUCAAUGCGGAGGAGGUGUUGAAGGGUAUGCGCGAUGGGUGUUUGGGACUCGUGCUUGGUACAAUCGAAGAGAGGCCGGAGCAGCUCAUUGUACUCGCUGGGUGGACGAGCGUCGAGGCGCAUCUAUCUUACAUCGCCGCGGAGGGUGCCCAGGAAGCGGAUGAGAUACGGGCGAAGAUCAAGGAGUUCGCGAUGUUCUAUUUCUCGUACACUCGACAAGCGUAG